UGUCUCACAAACAUCCGCUGUAGCUUGCAGGAUUAUGAAAGCAUGAUUAGUGACUUUAUUUAACCUGCGCCAGUGGAUACAUACAGACAGAUGGCCCUGUUUGGAUGGCUUAUUUAGGACCUCGGUUCGCACCGUCACGCAUCUUUAUCCCCGGUGUGUCCGCGCUCAGACUCCUCGGUAACGUUACGGCCGGGAUGGCCGAUGACAUGGGUCUGGCGAUGAGUCGUUCCCCGCUGGAGCGGCUCGACUUCGACAACCUCGUCCUCCGGAAACUUCCCCUGGACUCCUCCGAGGAGCCGGGUGUCCGCCAGGUGAAAGGAGCAUGUUUCUCCCGGGUGAAGCCGCAGCCGCUGACCAAGCCCCGGUUCGUGGCGGUGUCACAUGAAGCCUUGGCGCUGCUGGGGCUCAACGGGGAGGAGGUCAUGAACGACCCGCUGGGGCCGGAGUAUCUGAGCGGAACCAAAGUCAUGCCAGGAUCCGAGCCCGCUGCUCACUGCUACUGCGGACACCAAUUCGGCCAGUUCGCCGGGCAGCUGGGCGACGGGGCGGCCUGUUACCUGGGGGAGGUGAAGGUGCCGCCCGGCCAAGACCCCGAACUGCUGCGGGAAAACCCGAGCGGCCGGUGGGAGAUCCAGGUGAAAGGAGCCGGACUGACCCCUUAUUCCAGACAAGCUGAUGGCCGUAAAGUCCUGCGCUCCAGUAUCAGAGAGUUCCUGUGCAGUGAGGUGAUGUUCUUCCUGGGUAUUCCCACCACCAGAGCAGGCUCUGUAGUAACCUCUGACAGCAGGGUUGUGCGAGAUGUGUACUACAGCGGGAACCCUCGCCAUGAAAGAUGCUCUGUGGUCCUCCGCAUUGCUCCCACCUUCCUCAGGUUCGGAUCCUUUGAGAUCUUCAAGCGGGCCGACGAGUUCACGGGACGUCAGGGUCCCAGCUAUGGACGCGAUGAGAUCCGAGGUCAAAUGAUGGAUUAUGUGAUUGAGGUGUUUUACCCUGAGAUCCAGCAGAAUCAUCCAGACAGGGUGGAGAGGAACGUGGCUUUCUUCAGAGAGGUGAUGCGGCGCACAGCUCAACUCGUGGCUCAGUGGCAGUGUGUAGGUUUCUGCCAUGGAGUCCUGAACACAGACAACAUGAGCAUCCUGGGACUCACGCUGGACUAUGGUCCAUAUGGCUUCAUGGACAGGUUCGAUCCAGAUUUCAUUUGCAACGCCUCCGACAACUCCGGCCGAUACUCCUAUCAGGCCCAGCCAGCCAUCUGCAGGUGGAACCUGAUGAAGCUUGCAGAGGCUCUUGCUCCAGAGCUUCCACCAGACCGGGCUGAGGCCGUUAUGGAAGAGUACCUGGAUCUGUAUAACGGCUACUACCUGCAGAUCAUGAGGAAGAAGCUGGGCUUAUUAAAGAAGGACGAGCCUGAAGACGAGAUCUUGAUCUCGGAGCUUCUGCAGACCAUGCACAACACAGGUGCUGACUUCACCAACACCUUCCGUAGCCUGAGUCAGAUUUCCUGUCCCACUGAGGGAGAAAACGAGGGAGAUGAGGAGCUCAUCAAGAAAGCCACAGAGCUCCUCCUGGAACAGUGUGCCUCCUUAGAGGAGCUCAAGGCUGCCAACAAACCCACAAUGGACCCACGUGAGCUGGCGAUGCUGCUCUCUAUGGCUCAGAGCAACCCAGCACUGUUCCAGAUGAUCUCAGACAGGGCUACAAUUGCGAGACAGUUGGACAGACUCAGCAAACUGAGAGACCUGAUGGAGAUCAGUCAGGAAGAGCUGAAAACCAGACAGGCGGAAGAGUGGAGCCGCUGGAUCGCACGCUAUAGGAAGCGUCUGGCUCGGGAGCUGGAAGGCCAGAGUGAUGUGCAAGCAGCGCAGGAGGAGAGGGUGAGGGUGAUGGACAGCACCAACCCUCGCGUGGUGCUCAGGAACUACAUCGCCCAGAAUGCAAUUGAGGCUGCAGAGAAUGGUGACUUCUCGGAGGUCCAGCGGGUCCUCAAGGUGCUGGAAAAGCCGUUCUCUUCGCAGCCAGGCCUGGAGCUUCCUGCGUGGGUGGGCGGAGGUGAGGCUGCUGAACAGGGGGAGAGGGAUGAAGGACAGGAACAACAGCACGAGGUGGCAUCUACAUCCACUGCCAGAAAUCCUGUCCCCUAUGACAGCAAGCCCCCAGCUUGGGCCCAUGAAAUCUGUGUCACAUGAUCUUCGUAAUAACUUCCCUGAUUGAUCGCUUUCCUGCCUAAAAUGAUAAGAGAGUUUAUUGGUCUUUUAGUUCAUAUUUUUUGUACCUUUUAUGACUCUUUCGCUCACUGUGCAACUCUCUUUUAUUACUUUGGCAGGCAGCGUUCAGGGAAGUUAGCAUGAGGCAUGACACCCUAUAGGCUACGUAGCAGAACCAAAGCAGACAGGGACUGUGAUGAAUUUGGUGGUUGAAUUUUGGAAAAGCUUUUCUGUAUCUGAAAUGUUUUUGAAAAGAGAUUAUUUUCCUCCAUGGCUUGAUAUCCCUGCUUAAACAGGAUGUCACAGUGUGCUUUAACAUCAGAGGUGGCUUAAUACAAGGACUUUGUUAGACGAGAGGGUUUUAAGGUGGAAUUUCCAUGGUGUGUUAAAUGCAGAAAACCGUGGGAAAAUGCAGUUUAUAAAAGAUAAUUGACAUGCAACAAAAGAUCGCAGAAAAUACAAGAAGCCCCUCAGCCCAUUACCUGUCUGCUCGGUGUUUUGCUGUAGCUAUUAAUGACGACUCAGACAACAAGUCAUACAGUGACCUGUCUGACUCUGACAAAGUGUGGGGUGUCACCUCUACAUACACCAAAUAAAAUGACGUGUGAGUGUGUUUCUGUGAGAGAGAGAGAGAAAGACAGGAUGUUAGUUUCGGGCAUGUAUUUGGGUGAAAGGGAGUGAUUUCACUUGACCCAAUGAGCCGCACUAGAUAAACACGCACAAAACGUUCUCCUGUAAUAGAAAACAUUUCCUUUUGGCGCUGUCAUAGCACCACUUUAUGAGCCACAAACAUAACUCACCACUUUUGCUACCUAACAUGUUCAGCAAGCUUCGAAAUGGAAAGAGCAAUGGUAAAAUGGGAACUGCGCUUUAUUAUUGACUAUUUCAGCUGGGUUGUGACCAUGCAAACUUCUCAGAGGAAGUUUACUGUGGGUUCAAAUGUGAUGCCAUUAAGUUUGGUUUUAUUGAAAGGGAAUAAACAUGUAAUGUUAUUCAUGAAUUUGUCUUAACUGUGAUGCCUCGACACGAAUUUUGACCUGCUAUAUUUGAAUCAAAUCUGUUGGUUUGGCAGAUAAAGUCAGAUUUGUUGCCACAAUUAGGCUAUCACAAAAAAAGACAGAAAUGGACAUAAAGUGAGAUUAUGUGAAAUAUGUGGUUGAGCUCUCCCUCAGCUAUAGCCUUAAUAUAUCCGAAUAAAC